GGCCGACCACUCAGCGUCAACGUUGCUCAGUGCUUCCAACAUGCUUGCUAUCAACAGUUCAAGUGCGCGAAAUCAAAACCAAGCACAUGUCGCCGUGCUCAAAUCCUGUGUCAUUUCGCGCUGAUCAGGCUGAGACUUUUGUUAGCGAUGCAGACUUACCGCAUUGCGUGGAUGCCCUGAGUGUUGCCGAAAUGCAGCGUAUGCGAAAAUUGGCAUUUCUGAAGCUGUCAGCGAUGAUCGAGACUCAUGCGGGUGCUGGUGUUCGGAUUGAUGCUGCUGUAGCUGAUGGCAAUGAUGCAACUGCUGGUAGUAAUGCGAAAAGCUGGGCGGUACAGAGAUUUAUCAGGCGAAUGCGCAAUAACGACACUAACAACAGUAACAACAAUAAUAAGCCAACCAGAAGUAAGUGUUGUUUCAGUCUGGUUCAGUCUGGUUCAGUUAAGACCAGGAACAUCGGUUAUGCGGCAUGGGUAGUCUAUGUUAAUUAUGUCGUCAGAAUACGGCGAAGCUACGUUAGAGUUUUCGAUCCUGAGCUGCAUAACUCCAGUUAG